AUGGAUUCCGAGUCUGCUGGCUGGCAACUAGCGAUUAGUUAUACAAAUCCUUCAAAAUUAUACAAAUUUAUACAAAAGCACAGGCAUACGAAACAAAAAUGGGGUAGAGAUGAUCCGGCCUUUGUUAUUUUGCAAAGUAUUCUUAUCAUUGCGAUUGCAUUCAUUUGGUACAUUCUUCCACUUACAAGUUAUUCAUUUUUCACCCUUAUUCGUGGAAUUUUUACAUCUUUGGUAGUUGAUUACUUCAUAAUAGGAGGGAUUUUUGCAGUAGUUACGUGGUAUCUUCUUAACAAAUUUGGAAAAGCGCCACAGACUUUCCACUCAACUGAACAAGACGUAGAAUUGCAAUUCUGCUUUGAUGUCUUCUGUAAUGCUUACACAGCUAUCAUAUUUGACAUCAAUGUUGGAUUUAUCCUCACGCAAACCCUUCGCGCUAUAUUUCAUAAUUGGCUUUUUACUAUAUUUUUACCAAAUACAUUAUACGCAAUAGCAUUGAUCCACUUUAUCGUUGUUGCAGUUCCUUGCAUCCUAAUUCUUCCGUUUUUAAAUAAAUUUGAACUUAUGCCACCAAUACUGAUUGUUAUUGUUGGCUACAUCCUAUCCAUCAUCCUUUCCAUUGAUAUUGGAUCGAUUUGGACAAAAUUCCAUUUCGGAAUCUAA